AUGCUCGGUCAUGCUAGCGUUCGCACUACUGCUUUAUAUUGGCAAAAUAUCCACCAGGAACCAGAUAACGGCGAUAUUGGUCCUAUCCUCGUCGACCGCAAGCCGCUAAUUCCAAACAAAAAGCCUAUUCAGCAGUGUAAUUCCUUAUCAACCCCAAAAACACUUAAAAAAACCCCAGGAAUGUUAAUUAACGGAAUUUCAACAAAAGAACCAGAGAAAUUUCUCUUAAAUUCUGUUGGCAAAAAAUCCGAUCAAUUGAAAACUAACCAACCAUUAAUAAUAGUCGCUAAUAAAAAGGGCAAACUAACUGACAGUGAAGUAAUUUUAUUGGCCAAAAUUAAGAGUUUAGAAAAUCAGUUAGCCCGAAUCCAAGCUGAAAACAAUAAUUUGAAGUCCGAAAACCAGCACUUAAAAGCCUUAGUCCAGCAGUUCCAACAAAAAACCAAAACUCAAAUUAUUCAAUUAACCCACUUUUAA